AUCCACUUAAAAUAUAAAUUUCGAUUGUUCAGCUUUCCAACGGAGUACAGUUUAUUUGUUCAAUGAAUUGACGCAAUUUUUAACGAUUCCGAUUUCAUCCGCUUAUAUCUUAUCUAUAGGGCCGCAGUUCUUAAAAUUUAAGAUAAAAUAUUAAGUUGAAAGGAGGUAUGGAUGAGAUUACUUUUAAUUUUCUGUGUUAAUGUUAAUGAAUACGUGUUAGUAGUUGGCGCCACUUUGUUGUUUUCAAAAAUUUGAAGAAUAAAGAAAAAUGAAAAUCGAUCUACACGCGCACAUACUCCCAGAGAAUUGGCCGGAUUUCAAAAAGCAAUUCGGCUAUGGAGGUUGGGUGACACUGGAACGUACCAGUGAUGGCAAAGCAAUGAUGCUGAAAAAUGGGCAACCAUUUCGACCAGUUGACGAACGAGUAUGGUCACCAGCGGCACGUUUAAAAGAUAUGAACGAUACUGGCGUCGAUGUACAAGUUUUGUCUACCGUUCCAGUCAUGUUCAGUUAUUGGGCACCUGCUGCCGACGCUCAUACCGUUUCGAGAUUUUUAAACGACAAUAUCGCUGAAACUGUUGCUUCCAACCCCGACAGAUUUCUUGCAUUCGGAACUGUGCCGCUUCAGGAUCCGAUGCGUGCCGCUGAAGAGUUGAAACGAUGCAAAAUGGAACUCAAUCUGUCAGGCAUCCAAAUUGGUACCCAUGUAGACGACCGUAAUAUUGGUGAUCCGUUUUUCGAUCCGUUCUUGAAAGCAGCUGCUGAUCUAGACAUGCCGCUCUUCAUACAUCCGUGGGAUAUGCGAGAUCAAGGUCGUCAUUCGAAGUAUUGGUUACCUUGGCUAGUGGGUAUGCCGGCAGAAACUACUCAGGCAGCUUUAUCACUGAUGUUCAGUGGGGCAUUUGAGAGAUUUCCGAAUUUGCGUGUCUGUCUUGCACACGGUGCUGGCUCAUUACCGUACACAAUAUCGAGGGCGAAGCAUGCUUUUGAUGUAUAUCCAGGAGCAAUGAAAAUCGAUAAUGAUCGCGAUCCGAUGUCUUACUUUAAGACAUCUCAACUGUUCGCCGACACACUUGUGCAUAAUGAACAUUCACUCGACUUGGCGCUGGAAGUGAUGGGACAUGACAAUCUAAUACUAGGAUCAGAUUACCCAUUCCUUCUUGGCGAACAUCAUCCGGGGAAACUAAUCGAAGGUACUCGAUAUUCCAUCGAAUUGAAAGAGAAAUUGCUCCACUCGAACGCAAGGCGAUUCUUAAAUUUGUCGUAAACUGUCGUCGUCAAUACGAGACUACAAGAAUGCAGCAUCUGAGUUCUGAUCUGUCUAUUGCAAUACAAGCUGUCUGUUAUGAAAAUGCCACGGUGUAUUCGUUGCUCGUUUCUACGUGCCAUAAGGUUAUCAAACAUCACAGAGUAACGCCAGAGCUGUAUUUAUUUGUCAAUAAAGAUGUUACGACGUCAA